AUGCACUAUAAGUCCGACAUAUUGGCAGAGAUGACCAACUUUACACUUUACUACACCCUAUUUUUGACCAUACCAUCGGUGGUGUCCUCGCUAUUUUUGGGCGCCUGGACCGACAAGUACCAGCCCGCCAAAAAGGCCUUGCUUAUUAUCGGAGCCUUUGUCGGCAUUUGCGAAGCAGUUAUUAAUGUCAUAAACGUUUGCUUAUAUGAUAUUUCGCCAUAUUAUGCACUAUUAAGUGUUAUCCCAAAUAUAUUCUCGGGAGGAAUGUUGGGUCAGAUCACCGCCUUUUGGUCGUAUAUAGCGCUUACAACUCCCCGCAAAUACCUGUCCUUAAGAAUGAUUUUUGCAGAACUCAUGAUGUCUUUAGCCUCGCCAGUGGGCACAUACGUUGGUGGGGCCGUACUUAACACCAGUCCCUUGAGCGCUGACCAGGGCCAGUUGCACAACUACAUCGGCGUGUAUAUUAUAUGCGGUGUGGCUUACCUACUGGCGCUCGUGUGGGCCAUAUUCAAGGUGGACGAGAAGCGGGAUAUGGAGGAGUUUGAGCGC